CAAUAGCGCCUACUUGGCAACUCGUACAUUUUAUGAUUAUUCAUCAUAACGGAAACGGAAAUAACAGUAGCCUAACAAUAACACAUUGCUCGUAAACGUUGAUUCAACUUUCUGUUUCUCAAUGGCACUGCAAUAGAAAAAAAGAGAGUCAACUGCCUGAGUAUUUGAACAGACUCUAUCUUUCUUUGCUAUGAUAACUGUCAGAAAUAUGCACUCUUCACAUACACUGCACCGGUUUAUAUGUGAACACCUGAGACUUUUUUGCUGCACUUUGAUCAUUUUAGCGGCAUAUGUUUCAUCAUUGGACAUUAGCACAGUGCCAGAUGAGAUUGUCUUGGUUGAGGACUCUCUUUUUUUCGAAAUUUUGUGGCCUGAAUCCUUGAUGUACACUUACCAAAUAAGACAAGCCAAGGAUUUUGGAACCAACUUUGAUAGGGUCUACAAUAAAAUAGACAUGGUUAUUGCAGACCCGGUUGAAGGUUGUCAGGCGUUGAAUAAUGAUGUCAAGGAUGUUGUAGUGUUCAUACUCAGAGGUGAAUGUUCCUUUCUAACAAAAACAAAAGUAGCAGAGAGGGCAGGUGCUAUUGCUGUCAUCAUAGCAGACAACGAUGAGACAAAUGACGGCAACAUGAUUGACAUGAUAGAUGAUAGCACUGAGCGAUCCACCAGCAUUCCUUCAUCUUUCCUCAUGGGCAAAGAUGGAUUAAUGAUCCGGCAACGUCUAAGCUAUAUGGGAACAGACCGUGCUAUUAUCACCAUUCCUUUGAAUUUAACAGGAAAGCCAUUCCAUGAAAACAAGCGCCCUCCCUGGACUUUGUGGUGAUAAUAAAAGGCAAUCUGUUGAAAUUUAUUAUUUUUAUGCAAAUUUUGUUUACGGCAUCCUUACAUUAUGACUACACAACGAUUUCCUUUUUCAAAGUGCCUUGGCUAACUACAGACUGGGAACUUAUAUUUUUCUUUGUAAUUGUAACUGUUGCUGCUCUUUUGUGAGAUUGUGUUCAGCUUUUUUUUCAUGUUUUUUUCAUCUUAUUUAGUUUUCUUUUUAUUUAUUUUUUUCUGAUGUUCAAGUUUUCAUGCUGAUACAAACAUGGUCGAAAUUUAAUAUUGAAAAAAGUGUUCACUAUUAUUUACUGUGGAUGUUCAUCAUGAAAAUUAUCGUGAUCCUAUUUUUUAUUCUAGAUUGGUGCUUUUUAUGACUCUGUAUGCUAUAGUGAUAUAAUUCUAAACCCUGAGCUAAUGAAGAGUUCUUGCAAUGUUGUUGUAGAACAUAGAUAAAUGAACUUCCUGUUAUUUAUAUUUGCACAAGAGGAUGGUCGCCAGUAUUGCAAUAUAUCGUUUCUUGAUUCGUAUCCC